AUGGCAGAAGCACCAAGGGAUGAAGUCAUCGAAAGAGUGAGAGCAGUCGCCAAGCUCAGGCGCCAGAGGGAACAAGAACGAGUCGCCCGAGCCCUCCAAGAUCCCCCAGAAGAAUACAGGGAGCUUCCUCCCGUUCAGAAACCUGUAUCCGACCAUGAGCUGCCCCUAGAACCGAAUUACGACUCUACAUAUGAGCGCUAUCGCGGCAUUUUUGAAAGUGCAUCUACAAUGCAACUCGAAAUUCCCGUCACGCCAGUGGCCGAACCGCUCCAAGGGAAGCCCACCAUUCCGUGGAUUGUUGAAGCACCACUAAACUCGGUCGAACUUCUGGAAGCGAUACUGAAGCCGUCGCAUCCCUUCCAGAUCCAUACCGCCCACCACGUCCAGCGUCGCUUUGAUCGAGCACACGGCUCGAAGCCCUUGUAUUCCGAAUAUAUCCGUUUCCAAGGUCAGCUGGAGCGGAAUCGCGAGGUAUCGUUUAUUCGUGUGCCUGCAUCAGCCGAAAAGAUUCUCCGCCACUGGCUUAUGGGCUCCUUCAGGCCCGUUGUUCUGUAUUACAUAUCAAUUCCUUGGACAACAGGGCGGAUCCAGUGCCUAGCACAUCCGCGGGCGUUGGUGAUGCGUGACAGACCUGUAGCGGGCAUCUCUACAUACGAAAUCCUUUUGGCUAAGAAAUUCCGGGAAUUGGGAUUAUCUACCAGUCCUGUUGAUCUUCAGCGGAGCUUACUGAAACGCGGAACGACCCCAUUGCCGGAGACUGUAUGGGACUGGUUUGCAGGACGGCCAGGCAGUACCGCAGCGUUGCCGUACUUUACUUCUGCCAGGAAAAUAGAUUUGGACAGGAAAAAUGCGGAUGCUUAUCUACAGCGUGAGGGACAUCAUACAAGUGAGUCACAUAUAUUUGCUCAGUGCUGUCUACCAACUACUACUCUGAAGGAGGUACUUGAAAGGAACGACCGCCAUCGAGAAAAGGCACGCAAAGAAAUAGAAGCGGAGGCUCGUGGAAUCAAGGUUCGUGGAGCAAAGACUCGUGGAACUAAGAAGGGCAUUUGA